CCGGCGACCCGCGGGCAUGGCGACUGCAGGCAGCGCGGCGAGCCGCAGGGACCCCGGACGACCCUGCCCGUUCUCCAUCGAGCACAUCCUCUCCAGCCUGCCUGACCGCCGGCCCGCGGCGCGGCCGCCGCAGCCCGUCGGUGGCCGGAACCCCGCUGAGCCCGACGAGCCCGAGGCGCCUGCCGCCGCCGCGCCCUGCGCCUGCUGCUGCUGCUGCGGCCCGCGAGCGGCACCCCGCGGAGCCCCGGAGCCGGCGUCGGGACCCGGCGUGCGGCUAGCGUGGCCGCUGAGGCUGGCACCGGCCGCGCCCUCGUCCCUGACGGCGGCGCCGAGCGCAGGCUCGCCGGCGCUGACCGGCCCGAGCGGCCCGGGCCCGCAGCGGCGCACGCGGCGCCACCGCACCAUCUUCAGCGAGGAGCAGCUGCAGGCGCUCGAGGCCCUCUUCGUGCAGAACCAGUAUCCCGACGUGGGCACGCGGGAGCGCUUGGCUGUCCGCAUCCGCCUGCGAGAGGAGCGCGUGGAGGUCUGGUUCAAGAACCGCCGGGCCAAGUGGCGACACCAAAAGCGUGCUUCGUCAGCGAGGCUCCUGCCUGGAACCAAGAAACCUCCCAAGGACAGCUGUUGACGUGUCUGGAGUGUCUCCUCGUUUUGGCAGUGAUGUGGAGCACAAGAAAGUAGGAGGGAGACAGACCUACUUGGACAGAAACUACGAGAGGACCGCAGUCUUCCAGCUGCCCAGUGCUGAGAGAGAGGGAAUCCAAGACCUCCUCACCUAUGAAGGGAGGGCGCAGGGGGCAGGAACCAGAGAUCUC